UUUUUGCAAAUGUUUUCCAUGAUGUUAUCAUAUGUAUAUAUUAAUAAAUGGGAUUUCAGGAGUUUUUAUUUAUGAUGUAUGAUCUAUUGGAUAUUUUUAUGUACUUAUUCUGCAUUUUAUGGAGAUCUUUUAACAUUUAACCAUUGUGCUGUGGAUUUGUGUAGAAUGUUUUAGUGUGUUGUAUUUGCUGUGAUGGAGCCUACUGGACCAAGUAAUGAUGAAAGAAGAAAAUUGUCAUCAGAUGUAGCAGAGAAGACUGAGCCAAACAUUAAUGACACUUUGACCAGUGUUGAUAUUCAAGAAAUAGAAAAAGUGCGUCAAUCUCUACAAAGUAUGCUCCAAACUUCAGAAAACUAUCUUCAAGAUGACGAAGUUGCUUCAAAAUCAUUGCAUACCACUGGCGAUAUUUUAUGUUAUUCAUCAAACAUUGAUGAGCAAAUGUUCCCUAGCUUAGCCAAUGCAAAAUUGGUGAACAGUCUUGUUAGUAAUGAUUCCAAGGAGGUAAAAAUGACGCAUGAAGUUGUACGCCUUGGUUCAGGAAAUACAUCUGAUAAAACUCACGACAAGUCUCUUCUUCUGGAGAACUCACUUCUUAAAGAAACUCUUGAAAAAGAACGUUCCAAAAGAAAGCACUGUGAACAACAAAUAAAAGGUAUUCAGGCAAAGCUUUUGGAAUCACAACAAGAACUUGCUGCUGCUUUUUCAGCUGCGAGAAAGAAAGAUCUCAUGAUCAAUCAACUGGAUAAGACUCUUGCUCGGGUUGUGGAGGACUGGAAAAAACACGAGGAAGAAAAAUUUGAAGCAAUGCAUAAACUAGAAGAGCAACACGAAAACGAUGCUAAUUUUCAGCUUAGACAACAAGAAGUGCUAGCACAGUUUGAGAAAGAUUUAAACGAUGCCGCUGUUGCUUUGUCACGAGAACAACAGAGAGCUACAGAUGUUGAACGUGAUAAAGAUAAUCAAAUUUCUGCCUUCAUGAAAGAAAGAAAUGAAUUUGCUCAAGCCUUAGAACGAGAGAAAACAAAAAAUGAAAAUUUUGGCAAAGAGUUUGAAAAUCUCGAGCAAAGUAUACGAUCUGCUAAAGAAUCUCAAAGCUUAUUUGAACAGGAGAAACUUACUUGGCAAGAAGAAAAAUCUCAGUUGGAAUCUAAAAUUGAACUCAUUACUAAAACGCAUGCUCAAGACAUGGAAAACGAAAGGAAACUUGUUGAUCGCGAAAAACAAGUUGCUGAAGAUAGCCAACGUGUUCUGAGUGCUGUUCAAAAAGAAGUUCAACAACUAACUCAACAAUUGGAUACAUGUUUUCGUGAAAAGGAAAAUUUGAAAACAGAAAUAACUUUAAUGACGGCUAAGUUUGAGGCCCAGCGAACGAGGCAAGAAAGCGAGCAUCGAGCGGAGCUUGAGCGACAAAUGAGCAAAAAUCUACGGGAAGCUCAAAGUCAAUUGAGUAAGACCGAAAAUGAAAUAAAGAAUGCUCAUAAGAAACAGAUUGAAGAUCUAACGAAAAAAUACAGAAGAGAUUUAGAAGAGCAGUUAAAUAACUUCCAUCAGCAGUUAAAGGAAAGAGAUAGAAAAAUUAAAGAAACAACAGAUGGCUAUGAAGAACGGCUGGAAAAGUCACAUAAGGAUCUUGUUUCUGUCUCAAAAGAACACGAAGCUUUAAGGAAAGAAAAGUACGAUAUGAUAAAGCAACUUCAAAAAAUGAUGCAGUCCCAUUGUGCUGAAGCUAUGUCUUUAUUGACUUCGACCACCAAGCAUACGUUGAGAAUACCAAGGAAAGACGGUUAUCAUGACGAUUUACCAACAAAAGCACCAUCUGUCAUCGCAAGUACAUCAAACGUUGCUCCUCUAAACGAUACAAAUCGUGUUUUCUCGUCGUAUGUGACUCCCCGUAACUAUACGAUGCGUUCAUCAAUGUUAAAUAGUCAUGACCAGACUGUACUGCAGCAGCAACAAUAUUCUCAUGUCAACGAUGAGACAACGAGAAACCUUAUGAGUAAUGAAAUAAUCCAGAAUUGGGUACGACUACCUGUCCUGCACGCAGGUCCAAAUACAUCUGACAUUCAGGACGAAGAUGUCAUAGAACAUGACCGUCAACCAUAUGUUGAAACGAUUCAACCCAAUCAUAAAAAUGAACAAGAGUUUCACAUUCAAAAACAAGUGCAAGAUCCCGACAUUGAAGAAGAGGAAAUCAACGAAAGUUUCGUGGAACAUUCACUUGAUGAAAGCAAAACAAGUCUAUCCAAAAACCUUAGCAUGGAUGUGUUGAACAUGCUUCAACAGCAACAGUCAAGGCAAUCUGAAUUAAAUCACUACGUUCGUCAGCUUUUAAAAAAAUCUCCAAGUAGUGCUAGUGAUGGCAUCAAUGAUGGAGCUGAGUUUAAAGUUGACGAUGGUCAAAAUGAUUCGGAUUAUGUCAGUAGUGAUGGCAAGAAAGUCGACGUCAGCAAUAUGGAAAAGGACUUGAUAACCAUUAAAUCUGGUCAUUCAGACAUCGAUUAUUCAGAUGUAAAACAAAUGGCUUUUUCUAAAUCUGCUGCUACUCCUGGCAAGCGUUUUAAUAAAACUCAAGUGAACCAAACUCCUCCCAGCAAAGAAAAACGUUCAGUAUCAACAGCAAAAUCCUCUUUCACUCCUGAACAAGUAGGUCAAUUGACUCGACUGAUAGAAUUGUAUCAAAAAGACAGCUUAAAAAAUGAAGGAUUUUCCCCUCGAAAGUUGUUUCAAUACCUCCGAGAUGUUCAAAUAAGACAUGAACUGGGCGAAAGUAAAGCAUUGACGGCGGAAAGAAAGAGCAAGACACCAAAUAGUAAUCAUGACCACAAAGAAAGUAAAACAAAGAAAAAUGCCAGUAUCAAAACUACCAGAAAAAUCUCAGGUUCCAUUUCAAGGUGAUGAAGACAUAUCUACAAGGGUCAUCAACAGCAAACAUUUGUCAGCGGAGGUAAAAACACCUUCAAGAAAUGUUAUAUCAAGUCAUUCCGAACUUGCAGCUGCUCCUUCACGAAAAACCGAGCGGAAGACCGACGGCAAAACUACAAAAAUAAGGAAAUCUUCAAACUCUUUCUCAUUAUCAAAAAAUGGCGUCAAAAAAGGUGUAGGAAGACCAGUUGCAGCAUGGAAGUAGUGGUAACGUGCGUCCAAUAUUAUUUUAGCCUAGUUUAUUUGUAUAUAUAAUAUAUUUAUGUACGUGUGAAUGCCUUGAAUUUAAGUAUAAUCUUGUAAAAUUUAUACCUGCGUCGAUAAUUAUAAUAUCGAGGCGCCAAUGCAAAACCUUUUAUAGUAGUGUAGUCAUCGUUUGCAAUACAUUUAUAGUAAAGUUA